GGGCAAUAACAAACCACCCACUUAUUUGUUCUAAGAGUCACGAGAGUUCGGUGAGGAGAAGGAAGAAGACACGAGGUGACCGAAUAUUAAUCAAACGGUCGCGGUUGCACGUAAAUAAAGUGAACUGGGUAGAAAUUACCCUCGGAUGUUGACAGAAUUUGCGACGCUGAAGCUUGCUAUUUCGGUCAGUGAUAGUAAAAGCCAGCUAGCCAGCACGCUAGCAAGGUAGCUACCUAACGCUUGCAUCUGAAGCUGAACACCAUAAGUUGCAGCGUGGUGAACGUGUUCUUCGGUCAAGAAACGCUCUGAACAAAUUAUAUGCCAUUGAGCCACUGCGAAGCCACUGAACGUGUUAGGAGCACCGGUCGCAAGGGUGUCACACGCUUUAUUGUGCCGCUUGAGAAUGCUUGCUGCCUGUGGUGGCUGACUGUAUUGUCGACAAUCGGGGUCCAACCCCAUGCUUGCAGGAAUGCGUGCUAGCUUGCCAGCUAGUUAGCGUCUGUUCUAGGUUAGCCGAGUUAUUGACAUUGGUUAUCACAUUUAGACCCCUAAAGACGACCAGCAACCACAUCUGUUCUCUAGUCCUCAGACUGAACGCUGGGCAACAUUAUCCAAUUGUGAGUGACGCCUCGUCAUGACAGUCCGCUCAAAUUAAAGCUAGCUAGCUAGCCAGCUAACUUUGAGUCUUCUGAAGAGCUCAGACGCAGAGUAUGCAGGAUAAAAAAGGAUUAGGGAUUAGUAGAUAGGGGACACUGGAAUUAUCAAAUAGAUAUAAUCUGUAGCUUCAAGGACUGUAUUUUUAAGUCCGUCUCGAAAGAAAGAAUGAAGAAGUUUUCGCGAAUGCCUAAGUCUGAAAGCGGGGGACUUGGAGGUGGGGCCGGCUCCAGCUCUGGAGUCAGUAACUACUUCGGGAAAGUGUUUGCUGUCGGGCGAUAUCAGGUCACCGUGGAAGAGCUAAUUGCCGAAGGGGGCUUCUCCGUGGUGUUCCUGGCUCGCACGCACGCUGGCGUCCGAUGUGCCCUGAAAAGGAUGUAUGUGAACAAUGUCCCCGAUCUGAACAUCUACAGGAGGGAGGUCACCAUCAUGAAGGAGCUGUCUGGUCACAAGAACAUAGUGGGGUACCUCGACUCGUCCAUCAAUGCUGUCUCUGACAGUGUGUGGGAGGUGCUCAUCCUGAUGGAGUAUUGUAAAGCGGGCCAGGUGGUGAAGCAGAUGAACGAGAGGCUAGGUGUGGGCUUCAGCGAGCCCGAGGUUCUCACCAUCUUCUGCGACACCUGUGAGGCGGUGGCUCGGCUGCACCAGUGCAAGACUCCGGUCCUCCACCGUGACCUCAAGGUUGAGAACAUCCUGCUGAACGACCAGGGGAGCUACGUCCUGUGUGACUUUGGGAGCGCCACACACAAAGUGUUGCUCCCGCACAAAGAUGGAGUCACUGCCGUGGAGGACGAAAUCAAGAAGUACACAACCCUGUCAUAUCGAGCCCCAGAGAUGAUUAAUCUGUAUACGGGGAAACCCAUCACCCCUAAGGCAGAUAUAUGGGCACUUGGAUGCUUGUUGUACAAGCUGUGCUUCUUCUCUCUCCCGUUUGGGGAGAGUCAAGUUGCCAUAUGUGACGGAUCCUUUAUCAUUCCGGAUAAUUCCAAAUUCUCCUUCAAGCUGCACUGCUUAAUCAGAUACAUGCUUGAGCCGGAGCAGGAGAAGAGGCCUGACAUCUAUCAAGUCUCCUACUUUGCCUUCAAGUUUGCUGGGAAGGACUGCCCAGUGCCAAACCUCUUUAGCUCUCCCCUGCCCACAGCACUUCCAGAGCCGCUAACCGCCAGCGAGGUCGCAGCCAGGAGGAGCAUGACAAAAGCCAGGAUAACUGAGAGCGUGGGCCCUACGGAGACCUCCAUCGCCCCGAGGCAGCGUCCGAAAGCGGCCGGCAGCAACGCCCUCCCCACCGUCCCCCCAGCCAAGAUGCCCGUGCCUUCUGCCCCCGUCAGCAACGGCCAGAAAGCUCCAACUCCUGGGAACGGGCCUUCAGUCAUGCUGACACAGCAGCCCCAGCAGCAGAGCAGCCUGCAGCAGAGCAGCCUGCAGCAGAGCAGCCUGCAGCAGAGCAGCCUGCAGCAGAGCAGCCUGCAGCAGAGCAGCCUGCAGCAGAGCAGCCUGCAGCAGAGCAGCCUGCAGCAGAGCAGCCUGCAGCAGAGCAGCCAGCAGAAUCGUGUUCUGCAGCAACUGCAGCCAGGAGACCUGCGACUUCAGCAACUACAACAACAUACUGUUCAGGCAAACGCACAACAGUUCCAAUACCUCCAGUACCAGCAGGCCUUGCAGCAGCACAUGAUGAUGCAGCCGCUGUAUCAACACCAGGCCCAGGCCCACUACACUGCCAUGAUGCACCAGUACCAGCAGGCCUUCGUCCAGCAGCAGCUGCACAGCCCCCAGCCGCUCCCAUACCUGGCCUCCCCUCUGGACCUUCAGCUGCCCCUGGGCUCCUGCAGCCCUGCCGGGGCUGGACCUGUUCACCUGUCAGGAUCUCCACCUGUGGACCCUCCAUACACCAACAACAGAGCCCCUAGCAUGGUGACCCCCCCUCAGGCCCCCGAGGUGGUGACCCCCCUGGUGACCCCUCCCACCCAGGGUGCCGUCAGCAUCCCCCCAGACAUGUCUCGCUGGAACCCCUUCGGAGAGGACAACUUCUCCAGGCUCACCGAGGAGGAACUGCUGGACCGAGAGUUUGACCUUCUCAGAGCAAGCAAGCCCGUGGACAGAGCGCCCGCCCCCCCGCCCCUUGUCCCUGAGGACCUGUUUGGCUCUGUCCCCUUCCUGGCUGGAGCAGGCAAAUCCAGUGUGAUGCUGACUGAGCAGACCAGCGUAGAGCUUAGCCUCCCUGGUCUCGGCCUUGAGGCCCUUCCUGCUCCAACCACCGAGGAGAACCUGCCACCACCAGCCAAGGAGCACAAACCAGGGCGGAGGAAAGACAACUCUGCCAGCCUGCACACCCGCAGGCCAGGGGAGGAGUCUGACAGUGACUUUGAGUCCGAUCCACCUUCCCCCAAGAGCAGUGAGGAGGAUGAACCAGAGGAGGAUGAAGGACUGAACAGUGAGCACGGCGAGUUCAAUGACGACACAGAACCUGAGAACCUGGGCCAGAGACCUCUGCUCAUGGACUCUGAAGAGGAGGCAGAGGAAGAGGACGACAAGCACAGCUCUGACUCGGACUACGACACCAGGAGGAUCAAGGGUCGAGCAAGAAAGCUUCCAGGCACUAAAGAUACAGUUGUGGGCAUUUGUCCCAGUCCGCAGGAGUCCCUGAUCACCCCUCCGGAGUCUCCCAGAGAUUCUGUGGGUGCGCCCCCUGGUGGCGGUGCCGUGGACGUGUUUGGCGCUGUUCCCUUCCUUGGAGGAGCGCAGCCCAAAGGAACCUCAGAGAGUGCUGACAUUUUUGCCAGGGCACCUUUCAGGCAGGUUAGCCAAGAGCAGCAGGCCAUGUACGAGUUUGAUGUCUUCACAAAAGCACCAUUCAGCAGGAACCUUUCUAAGUCAGGAAAGAGUUCCAGUGACGUCCCCAUGGGCCAAACACCACCCAUUUCCCCAGAGGCCAUUGACGUGUUUGGGUUUUCUCCCUUCCAACCUGGCCCCACUGCCCCGAUGACAUCCAGAAGUGCUGAAGACAUCUUCCGUCCAUCUUUUGAGAAGGCUCCAAGUCCCAUGCAGCAGCAGAGGAUGAAGCAGCGCAGCCUCCAGAAGCUGUCCUCACGCCAGAGGAAAACCAAGCAGGACACUUCCACCGGAAGCAACAGCAAGCGGCACCAUGGUACUCCCACUGGGGGGCGCAAGAGCAACAAGCCCAAUUUCCGCACCCCAGAGAAAGUCCGUAGGCACAAGAAGGUCGGCAGGAGGGACUCUCAGAGCAGCAAUGAGUUUCUUAGCACCUCUGACUCAAAAGAAAACAUUAGUGUUGGUGUGACGAUUAGUGACGGGAAAGACAAUGGGGCCUCCUUGCCGGCGGAGGAUGCCAUCUUGGACCCUUUCGGAGCCAAGCCCUUUCAUCCCCAGGAUGGUGGUCGGCACGGCCAGUACCAAAGCCUGGCCGAUGGAAAGGGGGACCUGGGCUCAGCCAGCGCCAGACCCCGGACCUGCUCUCUGCACGGAGCACUUGGGGACAGCAACAUCAUGGAUGACUUUGGGGCGGUGCCCUUUGCGGAGGUCAGCAGCGGUGCUCAGCAGCCACCCCAGCAGGGAGAGCUGGACCCCUUUGGAGCUGCGCCGUUCCCUUCCAAACCCUGAACCUGUGGUCUUCCAGAAAUGCUGACUCCAGCACAUUGCUGUGUAACAGUCUUUGCAGUUAGGGGGAUGGACCAUGCCAUGAAGAAGUUGGCAGCUUUGUGGUGUUGUGGCAGUUGGUCUUCUUAGCCUGUGCUUUCUACACCACUGCUCUGAAGUGUCUCCUUAUUUUUGCAGGGGACCUUUUAAUGCACAACGACCGAAUAACACAAAGUUAAACCUGAGGAGCAAAGACGAUUUAUUUCAGGUUCUGUAUUCCGCCUAUACCUAUUUGCUGAGAAGCCUGUAAUGCUGCAUCAUAUAAUAUGUGUUCUGAGCAUCGCAUUGAUACAUUUGAACAAGUGAAAAGGACUCCGGUUUCACUCGAUCAUACUGUCACAAGCUUCCUCAGUGUCCAACUGCUUGAGUUGCUGCAAAAAAAUGAAAUGAGAAGCUGGAGGGGUUAGGGUUAUAUACAGUAGUGGGCUGCUUCUUCAUCCAACAGUAAGAUUAAUUCAGCACCAUAAAGCCUUACAAGGCCCCGCCUUGCUGCACAGUACCUCGUAAACUAGUACACAAUAGGUAACAUUACUAUUUGUGGAAGCAAAAUUGUUUUGAAGUAGGCCUUUAUCACUAUUUCACGUUCAAGUUAGACCUUUUUCUAUGCAUAUUUUUACUUUUAGAUUCUGUCAGUGGUUCAGAUUAGUUAGAAGAAAAUAUUUAAUACAAGGGAUUCGUUUGUUGAAUUUCUUUAAGAUUGGUUUUAAUCAGAAUGGUUUUAAUCUAGAAUAUUAGGUGUCCAUUUCCAAACUUCUGAGUAUUACAGCUAUGUGUAAAAGUACUGUUCUAUUUGAAAGUUAUAUUUUACCUCAAAUGUAAUUUUAUUUGGAAAGAAAUUAUAUUUCCUGCAUGAAAUGUAUGGAAGUACUCGCAUCCAUCUGAAAGACUUCCUGACUGUGUGCACUUCCACUCUUGAAAUGAAGAGCAAAAUAAGGAGCAACUGAAAGGUUCAUCUUUUUAGUGCAGACUUGUAAAGUAGAGCUUUACUGUCUUACAUGACUACUGCCACAAAUGUUGCAGAAACGAGAAGUAAAAAUAUUACCCAGUACAACUAGGAAUUUAAAUUGGCCAAGAAAUUGUUCACGUUUUAAAAUAAAUUGACUUUUAAAGUA